AUCGCAAUUUCACUCUUUUCUCCAUCACCGCAACACACAACUAGGGUUCUCUUUCUCUCUCAAAACUCUUUGCGGCUGUCAUCUCCUUCCUUCACCUGCAACAAAAACAUCAUGGCGGAAGUAGCUGUUGCUCAAGAUGUAGCACCAAACCUUGAUGUUAAGCUUUUCAACAAGUGGACUUUCGAUGAUAUCCAGGUUAGUGACAUAUCACUUGCAGAUUACAUUGGAGUAAAUGCAUCUAGACAUGCUACCUACGUUCCUCACACUGCUGGGAGAUACUCUGCUAAAAGGUUCCGUAAGGCACAGUGUCCUAUUAUUGAAAGAUUGACAAACUCUCUCAUGAUGCACGGCCGUAACAAUGGAAAGAAGCUUAUGGCUGUUCGUAUCAUCAAGCAUGCUAUGGACAUCAUUCAUCUUUUGACUGAUGCCAACCCUAUCCAAAUCAUUGUUGAUGCUGUUAUCAACAGUGGGCCAAGGGAAGAUGCUACAAGGAUUGGUUCAGCUGGAGUUGUAAGGCGUCAAGCUGUUGAUAUUUCCCCAUUGAGGAGAGUCAACCAGGCAAUAUACCUUCUCACCACUGGUGCCAGGGAGAGUGCAUUUAGGAAUGUCAAGACAAUUGCUGAGUGCCUUGCUGACGAGCUUAUCAAUGCAGCUAAGGGUUCUUCCAACAGCUACGCUAUUAAGAAGAAGGAUGAGAUUGAGCGUGUUGCCAAGGCCAAUCGUUAAUUACCAAGUGUUAUGCUGUAUGGCAUCUUCAAAUGGUUUGUUUUUGUCGUCUGAAUUCGAAUCUGAACCCUGUGAGAGGAUUUUGACAGUUAUAUUAGCAGGAUGUGCUCUAGUGUAGUGCUUGAGACUAUUUUUGUAUUCAAAGGUUUAUAGUUUACAAUGUGUCAACUACUUAAAAUGUUGAGUUUUUAGAUGUUGGAUCUCUUUCUUUAUUAUGUUCACCUCUUUCUCUAUUGAUAAUUUAUCUUUAUCUUGCUGCA